GUUUUAGUCCCUCUUGUGGACUAGAUUUCGGCGGAUGUAGACUUCGUAUUACAGCGUAAUGGGUAUGCGGAGUGAUUGGGGAUGUCACGGGGGGCCAUUGUCGACGGGGAAACUGCAUAACUUUUAAAAAGCUUUCAAAGUAUUUUUGAAGCCAGCGAAAACAUUUCUACAUUCAAGAGACCAUGGACAGAAAGUGCAUUCCUGUCAAACAUUUUCUGAACAAGCCCCAGAUCAUCCAUGGUUUUGGAAAUGCCUCACAGACAGAUGCUGACAGCAGCAGCCAUGUGGGAGCUGGACGACUCCUUCAGACCAAAGCACAGCACUUCAAGCAGAGAAAUGCCUAUAACACCACACAAAUAAAGACCAGACUUGACCUAAACACAACACUACCAGUGAGGCAGACAGCCUCCAUCUUCAAACAACCGGUAACUAAGGUGACGAAGCACCCCAAAAAUACUGUGAAGACUGAUCUGCGAAAAGCUAGAGAACCCCCCAAACAGUUGUUCUGGGAGAGGAAGCUAAGUGGUUUAAGUGCAUUUAAUAUUGCAGAGGAAUUAAUCAAAACUAUUGAUCUCCCCAAAGGCUUACAGGGUGUAGGCCUUGCCUGUUCAGAUGAAACUCUGCUGUCUGCCAUCGCCAGUGCCCUUCACACUAGUGGCUCACCUAUCACUGGACAGCUGACAACAGCAGUGGAUAAAAAUCCUGGUGUCUGGCUUAAUACCUCUCAGCCACUUUGCAAAGCUUUUGUUGUGACGGAUGAGGAUAUCAGGAAACAGGAGAAACAAGUACAAAGUGUCCGAAGGCGACUGGAAGAAGCACUAAUGGCUGACUCUUUAGCUCAUUUAAAUGACCUCACUUCAGAUGAAAUGGCUGGGGGACAGGAUGAGACAGUGAUGCAGGUGGAUCCAAAGAUAUCAUAGCCAGAAUAGAUAUUCAUAUUUCUGAAGCUACAUUCCUCAUGACAAAUACCUCGACAGUCUUUCGCAUUUUCUAUCCAAAUGUCAAAAAGUGCUUUCUGUUGAGAUGUUGUUUCUCAUUUUGGUUUUACAUUUAAAUUUAGACGGUUAAAGGUGCUGUUAUAUUAUAAACUCAGUGUGUUAUUAUGGUUAGUUCUUUCCUCCAGUGUGUUGAGUGCAAUUUUGUUUACAGAUAAUGGCAGAAAAUAUGUUAAGGGUUUGUAUAGUGUGACUAUACCUCUGACUAAACACAGUGCUUUUGUUAAUGCCUUUAGCAUAUUAUGUCAGGAGCUCCUUUUUCAUACUGCAUAUGUGAUUGCCAAGUGCUUCGGAUUUAGGUCUUUCUAGAUAGGUUAAUACAUUUGCCUGGCAUCCAGAAUACACACUUCUUCACACUUCAUAUGCAUAAAAAAAUCCAGAAAUAUCAUUCUGGAUUUGUCAGGCAAAUUUAUCUACAUGAAAUAGUUACUGUGAAAUCUGUUGUAACCAUCUAGGUAUAAAAUAUAGCUUAGAGCUAACGAUUGUGGUGUCACAUCGUGAAGAAUUAUCAUUUUGCCUAAUGAUAAACCGAUGAAGACUAAGAUGCUAAAUUUAAUGUACAUUCAAACGUAUUCUGACACUAUAAAUGUAUUCACCAGGAGUGAUCCAACAGUUUAUCCUUUUGUUCCACUGCUCUUUUGUUCACUUUUUACAUUGUCUUUGCUUAUGUGCUCUAUGGAAGUUAAAACAUGUUUUUUUCUUCUGCUGUUAGAUUAACUCUCAAUGUAAGCUCAAUUUUAUUGGUAAAUAUAAAGAAAAGUAAAGCUGCUGCUGUUGGUUUGCUGUUCCUUGGUGAUUCUCAUGUUAAAGGUUAAAACAAUGCCUCUAAAAUUAUAUUUCUAAAUUUGUAAUUAAAAAAGGUCAGGCAAGUGGCAUAUUAAAAGUUUAUUCAAGUUUGAUCAAA